GGAAAAGGAAAUGUUCCGCGGAAGAGAUUCAAAUAACAAGAAAAAAAAGAUAUUUCAGGCACCCUUUCCUUUUUUUUUCUCUUCUUCUUACAUUUUAUUAAUGAUGAAUAGCCCACUUCCAUGCCACGCCCUUCCCACUCCUUCACCACCACCAGAACCAGCAACUUUUCAUAAGAGAAAUGUUAUACAAGCACCUUUAACACCCGAACCGGAAGAAUAUGAGAUUGUGUGUGUAAAGAAACCCAUUGUUGUUCAACCUCGUCCAUUUGUAUCGAGAUGGUUAAAUGUGAUCCAGAGAUUAUUAAAAGAACUGGAUGGACGAGAUAAAUUGAUGAAGAUCAUUCAGUAUUUUAUCAAAAUCUUGUUACACUACAAUUUAGUAAAAGCCAAGCACUGGUCCACCAUCACAAGCCAUUUUUCAAUGACAAGAAAAUUACUUCGACUUGGUUCAGGAUUGGGUCCCAUCAGACAAUUUUCACCUUUGAAGAGCAGUUUAUCAGAGACUUUAAUCCUAUCGAAUGCGAUUGUCAAUCACAUAUCCGAUGACGUUUUCUGUUUGUACAAAUUGGGUGCAUUGGGUGCUUAUCUGGGCGAUCGUUCCGAAAGGUUAUCUGCUUAUUGUUGGUUUGCCGGUAUCCUGGUCGAUAUCAGAGAUAAUGUAAAUACUAUGCUAGCAUUACAACACUCAAAAAAGACAGACUUACCAGUGCAAGAGCGUCAACAAAAGAUAUUUGUCACAGAAAUCUCCAUUAUCAAACUGCUCAUGGAUGGCAUAUUUUGUGCUUGUGACAUUUGGCAGCCAUCCCAUUCAGCAAGUACCCAAGCAUGGUCUGGUUUCAUGAGCGGUUUAUUAGCUGGAUACAAAUUAUGGAUCAAGUUCUCUGUAUAGAUUUUUUAUUCUUUAUCAUCAUUUUUUACCCCCUAUCCUAUCCUUCCCAACCUCCUUUCAUUUUUUUUUUUUUUUUAAAUCAUUUAGAAGAUAGUCUUUAUAACUAUUUAAUAUCAUUUUUAUUCAUUAUACACAUAUAUAAAUUCCCCCACCACCCAAUACAUUCAUAAAUCUUUAA